AGCUAUAGGACAGGAGCAGGUGCCCGGCCCAGGCGCUUGGUAACCCGGGUGAUGUGCCCACGUGGGCGUGGGGCAGCCGUGGGACCGCAUGAGCUGAGGGCCUGAGCGCACUGACCGGUGACCAGAGGAACCACGCCCCUCCUGGGCCUGGGAAACCCGCGAUGCUAGUUUUAACACAUGAGGAAUUUGUUCUUUGAUAAAAGGGGGAUAAAAGCUCGGGUUGUAAGGGAGGCAGUCUCCCUCCCUUAUCAGGAGACAGAUCAGGGUCCCUGAAGGUGCUGGAAGGAAGGGCUGAAAAGUGCUCUGUGUUAAGUUUUUAACACAUGGCUUUUAAACAACAUAACUUUUUAAACAACUUUUCAAAGCAUGGCUGUUGUUAACUUUUUUCCCACCAUAGUUAUUUUUCAGAAAAUUUUUUCUUUCUAUUGAAGGAAGGAUGCUUUAAAUUCUCUGCUGCUGCUAAGUCGCUCAGGUGUGUCCAACUCUGUGCGACCCCAUAGACGGCAGCCCGCCAGGUUCCACCGUUCUUGGGAUCCUCCAGGCAAGAACACUGGAGUGGGUUGCUGUUUCCUUCUCCAGGGCUUAAAUUCUCUAGUGCUUCACACUUUUCAAAAAGUCUCACACAUGAUUUUGUAACCCCAUAAUUUUUCCCCACCCCCUCUAUUGCCCCUCUCCACUGGUAACCCCUAGUUUGAUCUCUGUAUUUGUGAGCCUGCUGCUUUUUUGUUUGAUUCAGUAGUUUAUUUCUUAGAUUUCAUGUAUAAGCAAUACCAGACCAUAUUUAUCUUUGUCUGACUUCACUUAGCACAAUGCCCUCCAAGUCCAUCCGUGUUGCUGCAAAUGGCAGAACUUCAUGGUUUUUUUAAUGGCUGAGUAGUAUUCCAUGACACACACACACACAUCACAUCAUCUUUAUCCAUUCAUCUGUUGAUGGACCCACUGUAUUUUUUGAUUAAAAGAUUAGCUUAUGCAUACGUGGCAAAAGAGGUCAAAAUACAAAAGAGUGUGACCUGAAAGCUAAGUCUAACCCCUGUGCCCCUCUAGCCUUUUCUUCCCUACAGGUAAAGUGUUACACACCCUGGUCUGUCCCUCACCUUUUUUGGGGUAGAAAUGCCUCUGUAUCUCUUACUUUGUUCUCCCCAACUGUGUGACGUCCCGUGAGAUGGAUGCCCCAUUCUUUGCGGCGCUCAACCAUCCCCGGCUUGGGAAUGGUCUGUCUGUAACUGUUCGACGCUGGAGGGAACAUCGUUUAUGCUCGUCUGUCUGUGAUUCUGUCUGGAGGAUGCACCUUUCAAAGCCAAGUUACUGGAUCCAAAGGUACAUGCUUUUUUAUCUAGAUAUUAACAAACUAACACACCUCUUUCAAGCUCAGUUUAUACUUUUGAGACCUGGAGUGCCCAUGGCCAUGUUUUCACCAACUAUUAAAAUUUAGUUUUUGUGUACCUGGUGCUCAAAAACCGUUUUCUUCUACUACUGCUGUGCUUUCUAGUCCUUCUCCUACAUCUUUGCUCCAUCCAAAAUGUAUUUCCUUUUUUAAAAUUUUUGAUUCUCUUUAACUUUUUUUUACUUUAUAUUGAACUACAGUCGAUUUAGAGUGUUGUGUUAGUUUUAGACGUACAGCAAAGUGAUUCAGUUUUAUGAUAAAAAGAUGUAAAGCUAUUUCUGUUACUACCUUUUUUUCCCCCUUCAAAUGCUUGAUUCUGUCUGAUCUUUGGUAGCACUUUGACUACAUCUGAAAUGUUUGAUAGGGGACUUUCCUGGCCGUCCAGUGGUUAAGACUCCAUGGUUCCCCUGUAGGAACACAGGUGUGACCCCUGGUCGGGGCAGUAAGAUCCCACAUGCCAGGAGGCGCAGCCAGAAUACUACCAUCUUGAUGGUCUUUUCACGAUGGCACUAAAUGCUGAUGCAUGUAGGCAGAACCGACACCGGCUGCUGCUGCUGCUUCCUCCUGAAGAACAGGAACAUCCAGUGAUCUCAGGUGACCUCAGCCUGCAGCGGCUUGAAGCAGGGUUACGGUUCCUAGCCAGCGAUGGAGGUCAGGUUGUGGCAGUGAGAGAGUGGAAGCCUAGCCCCCAGACCAGUGGUCAGGGACAGGGCAGUGCCAACUCCUGCCCAAGCCUCUGGCCUGCCCUGGAGAUGUCGGUCUCACCAGCCCCAACAACCAGUGCUGGCUCCUCAUGGAUCGUCCCGGGGCCCGGCAGCACGGAGCGGCGGAUGCACACAGGGACCGAGGACUCAGGGCUGGGCCUGCACUCCCCACCGGCUCCCCAGGAACAGCCAGGUGGCCUGGCCCCCGAGCCUCUGCGUGGCUCCCUGUUGUCGAGGAUUCGUGACAGCCGUGGUGCCUGGCACAGACCUCGCACUUCUUUAGACGAGUGUUUCAGGCAUAGGAGGCCCAGUCACCCUGCACGGCUUUCACGGAAAGACGGUGGGGCUGCCAGAAGCCUGGGGCUCUGCCCGGGGCUGGUGUGCUUGGGACCUGGAGGGCCGCAGUCUCUACGUGUGGCCUUCUCAGCAGGAACUGCCGGCCAGCCCAGUCCGGUCUCCAGCGCCCCCAGGCUCUCCGUCUGGAAGACCCUCUGCAGGGGCGGCGUGUAAAUGACGGCCAGCUGUCCCAGGAUGGAGCCGAGCACGGAGUAGAGGAACGUGCGGUUCCGGAGGAAGCCGAUCUCGAAGAUCAGCUUGGUCUGUGGGGAGAAGGGCACAGUCAGCACACACGAGCCGCUGGAGCACUCGGGCCGGGAGGCUGCGAUCCCGUCCUGCCGGGGGCUCACCUGGGAGCGGCAGGUCAAGGCGUUGAAGAGGUCAAAGAACACGAAGCAGGUCACUGGCGCUCUCAGCACAGGGGUGCCUGAACCUGCGGGGCCACAGAAAGGUGACCCAUGGAAAGACCCCCCUGCCUACAGAGGAGAAAAGACAGUCUCUUCAGACUGGAUGGCUAUAGGUAAGAGAGUGAAAUCAGAACAUUCUCUAACACCACACACAGAGAUAAACUCAAAAUGGAUUAAAGACCUAAAUGUAAGACUGGAUACUGUAAAAAUCCGAGAGGAGAACAGGAAAAACACUUGACAUAAACCACAGCAACACUUUCUCUGAUCUUCCUCAAUGAAAGUAACAACGAAAAGAAACACAUGGGGCCUCAGUAAACUUGCUUCAGAGUGUGAAAUGUAACACAGCAGGGGCUUUUGUGAGUUUGACGUCCAGGAAGGAAGGGCCCGCACCUGGAAGCUUUGGCACCUGCUGCCCAGGCCUCCCAGGGCUGGCUGACCCUCAGGCCCAGCAGACCUUGGUCCAAAAGGUAAGUCUGUUGCUUUGUAAAGCCGUUUUAGUGUCCUUGACCAAACGCAUUCCUGCUGAGAUGCAAGAGGCAUCGUCGUGUGGAUGAAUAGAGGGUUGCUUUCAAGCCCUGAGACCCUGAGUCAAAGAGCUUGACUUUUCCAUGUGUUUUUAAUUGGAGGGUAAUUGCUGAACAGUGUUUGUUGAUUUCUGCCAUACAACGCCGUGAUUCGGCCGUGACUAUGCACAUACCGCCUCCCUCCUGAACCACCAUCCUAGGUCGUCACAGAGCUGAGCUCCCUGAGCUACGCCGCAGUGUCCCACUACAUGUCUGUCUGACACCGGUAAAGUGGAUGUUUUAGUGCUGCUUCCAAGAGCUGGAUUCUCAUGGAACAUUUCUCUGAGGACUUUUCCAGUUGUCCUUGAUAUUUCUAUGCAAUGAGGAGUGUCCAGUUUUCAAGUCUUAACAGCUACUUCUGGGGACUUGGCCCCAUCUCUGGGAUUUGAAUGGGACUCAUGGCCCAUCUUCCUGUCUUAGAAGCUUACAGUGAUCUCUGCUCCCCUUGGGGACUCCUCUCUUUCUCGCCUUACAGUUUGCCGCUUAGAGUGGAGGCUCAGCAGGCAGGGUGACGGCGCUGCCCGUUCUUUCUGGACCUCUGGCAAAAGGGAAUGAGCAGGGAAGAGCACCGCUCCCCCCCAAGGCUGGGCGUCUUGGUGCGUGCUGUCCACAGCCCUCCACUGUGCUCGGAACACUUUGCCAGUGUACUCAUCUCUUUGGAGAUAGACAUGUUAAUUUUCUUUUGCACAAUACUUAGUACAAUGUCUGAAUUACUAACAUUUAAAAUAUUUCCUUUCUUAACUCCCCCAUUUGCUUUGCUCGCAGCCUAAUAUGUUCCUUCAUUUGGCAGAAUUCUGCAACGUCACCCACCACUGAGAUUGCUCGGUCCCUGACGUAUUGCUAUUGAUUUGUUUCUGGCAGUAGCUUGACCUAAAAUGUGUGUAACAAGCAGGCGUUUUAUGAUAAAGCUGUUGUGUCGUGUGU